AUGUCUGAUUCUAUGUCUAGAGAAAGAGGAAAAGAUUUCGUCGAAGGAUCGUCUGCUGGAGGGUCUCCGAAUGAUGAUCAGCAGCAGCCGGCCACACCAAGCCGCUAUGAGUCCCAGAAGAGAAGGGACUGGAACACUUUUGGUCAGUACUUGAAGAACCAGAGGCCUCCAGUGGCGCUGUCUCAGUGCAAUUACAACCAUGUGCUGGAGUUUCUUAGGUAUCUGGACCAGUUUGGGAAGACCAAAGUUCAUCUCCAGGGCUGCAUGUUUUAUGGGCAGCCUGAGCCUCCUGCCCCUUGCACAUGUCCACUUAGGCAAGCCUGGGGCAGCCUGGAUGCUCUCAUAGGGAGGCUGAGGGCGGCCUACGAAGAAAAUGGAGGAUCCCCGGAGAACAACCCUUUCGCUAGCGGUGCAAUCAGGGUUUACCUGAGGGAGGUCAGGGAGUGCCAAGCUAAGGCAAGAGGGAUUCCUUAUAAGAAGAAGAAGAAGAAGCCAAGUCCAAGUAAGGGAUCCGGAGGAAAUGAUGAUGAAUCAAGUUCUACCAUGCAUUUCUCUUGAUGCAUGUUUUCUUCCUUCGGCCAAUUUCAGAAUUAAUCGAAGGGAUCACAUGGAAAUUGAACGAAAAGGAAGGAAUUGUUCCAAGUGAAUUUGCCAGCAUGGUUCAGUACUGUUAAGUUCGAUUAUGGCUUUUUUCAGUCAAAUUACAUAAGGAAGUUGGAGAAUUUUGGUUAAUUUGUAAUUGGAGAAUUUAUUAGUAGCGAUGUCUUAUGGCUUGCUGGCAUGAACACGAUUCGAUCUUAAUUCAUUUUGUUAGUUUGUAAUUGGAGAAUUUGAAAGCAUGUAGUAGAUAUCAGAAACCCUUUAUGCUUGAAUAUAUAUAUAUAUUUGUAUCCUA